CUAAAGAUCUAUUGUCAUUUCACACGAAUAAAUAGAAAAGAAAGAGAAGAGAAUAGAAUAAAUAAACACAAAGUGGGCUGCCCCCAGACAACUAAAGAAAAUUAGGGAAGAAAUAUAAACAUAGUCAGAAAAUUGAAGAGAAUGAAGGGAAAAAGGAAAAAGAAGAUAAGAAAUAAUUAACUUAAUAGCAAAAUUAUGAAAUUUUUGGUAACAUAAUUCAGAAAAAGAAAAAGAAAAAGAAAUAGUCGAAGGUCUCUUAUCCCAAUAAGAAGAAACGAAGCAGCACUUUCUACACAGGAUCUCUCGAACAAAGUUUAUAAAGGAAUGCAAAUGAUUCCCGCCCUAAAAUGAAAAAUAAUGUGGAAAGGCGGGAGCAGCGGCAGAAACCAAACAGACCCAUCUUCACACCAUUCUCAGUCUGAUAGGACACCCAUCACUCCUGCCUCUUCCUUGUCUCUCAAAUCUGUGUUAUUGCACGAUUGGUGGCUACUCAAGGCUGACAGCAGGCGGAUUUCUGUUGCUGGCCUCGCUUCAAGACAAAGAUUAGGAAAUAGAGUCUUUCUCUCUGCACCAAUUUCUAGGAGAAUUGAUGCCACCACUCUUGAGACCAUAGAUGGCAUCACAAUUACAAUCAGUGGAUUCAUAAAUAGGUCUAAAACACAUCAAAAUGGCAUCUCAUUUCUGGUUUGCAAUCAAUUCAAGCUUGGGUUUCCAUACCACUGGGAAGAGUGUGUUGCUCAAUUUUAUGGUGAAGAAUCUGCUAAACAGGAAGCUCCACAUAGAAAUUCUGGUUUUAUUGAGCAUAACAUAUCUUCAGGCACCAACGCAAUGCCGUCUACUUUGGAUGAUCUUCCAGCAACAAGACUACGUGAUCUUGUUAUGCACCUUGCUGAAGAUUCUGAAAAUUGUCUUUGUGAUGUUAUCCUGGGAAAACUCAGGGGCAGUGCUUUCCAACAUACUCCAGUGCCUCCCCAUUUGAACUCUGAGAAGGGUAGCUCAUUUGUGAUUGUAAAUAACGAAACGGGUGAAAAUAUUUGGAACCAUAAGAAGGCUAAGACAAACAAGAUGCACGAAGACAAUAUGGAUGCAAAAGAUACAAAGAAAGAAGAAACCAUCCAAAGUAAAGGUGUUGUCACCAGAAGUAUGUAUAAAUCAAGGAAUCUUAGAAGCAAGCAGGAAGAUAAUCUUCUAUCCAAUUCCUCAAUCGAUGGCCAGAAUUUAGGAAAGAAGCCGGAAAGAAAAUUUUCUUCAAACUAUUCCAUUGAUAGUGAUAUUAGUACUCUGCUUUCAACAUCAGUAACAGAUAAGAACCUUUCUGGAGGUGUUUCAGAUGCUCCAAAAUCAAGUUCCAAAGCAAUAUCAUCUAGACAGGAUAAGGAAGUUGCUGAAACUCCUAAUAGAUCUAUAGUCAGAAGUUCUGGUAGGCUGAAGCUUCGGAAGAACUAUAGCGGUAUGGCUGACUAGUUGAUAUGGGUAAAAGCUGAAAACUAGCUAAGCAACCAUAAUAGAUUUUGUUACAUUUUGCUGAAAUGUUGGUCAAUGUUGGUUACUAGACUUUAGUUAUGCCUGCUAGGCAGUGGAUAAUUGUACAUUGAUUAUGUUGCUUCAGUUCUUAAAGUAAGAUUCCAAUCGGGUCAAACUGCGGUACCUAUAUGUAUAGGUACAAUACAAUCUCAAGCAUCCAUUUUAUUUAAAAUAAUUUCAGUCAUUAAUUUGUUA